AAAAGUCAUCAAAGAUGGAUGCCGAUAAGAACAGUGGUGGUGGUGGCGGUGGAGGUCAGGAGACAAAAGUGAUUUAUCAUAUUGACGACGAGACCACCCCGUAUUUGGUAAAAAUUCCAAUACCAUCGUCUCAGGUGACACUAAGGGAUUUCAAAAUGGUGCUAAAUAAACAGAAUAACAAUUACAAAUACUUCUUCAAAUCGAUGGACGCCGACUUUGGUGUCGUGAAGGAGGAAAUCGCAGACGAUUCGACUAUAUUGCCGUGUUUCAAUGGUCGUGUUGUGUCAUGGUUGGUGUCCGCAGAUGGUACAAAUCAGUCGGACAAUUGUUCCGAUAUGCCCAACAGUGAAUGCGGUGAUUUGAGGCAAACAACAAGGCCUGCCCAACCUCCACCACCCCCGCAGAAAAUGGGUGGUGGGGCUCCAAUUGGUAUCGGUGGUGGUAAUAUGGGAGCGCCCGGGAUAAUUUCGAACCCCAUGAUGCAGCCGCCUCCACCGCUAACAUAUCAAUCAGCAUCGGUUUUGUCUAGCGAUUUGGACUCCACCAGUUUAUUUGGGACAGAGUCCGAAGUAACGUUUGACCGAGAUCUUACAGACUACAGUAGUGUACAGCGGUUGCAAGUACGCAAAAAGCCUCAGCGUCGCAAAAAGCGGGCACCUAGCAUAUCACGAACAUCGAGUUAUUCGUCAAUAACGGAUUCAACAAUGUCAUUGAAUAUUAUUACAGUCAAUAUAAAUAUGGAGGCAGUCAAUUUCCUUGGUAUAUCGAUAGUGGGCCAGUCAAAUCGUGGUGGUGAUGGUGGCAUUUAUGUGGGCAGUAUUAUGAAGGGUGGCGCUGUUGCGUUAGACGGUCGCAUAGAACCAGGCGAUAUGAUUCUACAAGUAAAUGAUGUGAAUUUUGAGAAUAUGACUAACGACGAAGCUGUCAGAGUCCUGCGAGAAGUUGUUCAAAAGCCCGGUCCCAUAAAGCUAGUUGUGGCCAAGUGUUGGGAUCCAAAUCCUAAAGGAUACUUUACCAUACCUCGCACAGAACCUGUUCGACCCAUUGAUCCAGGUGCGUGGGUGGCCCACACACAAGCACUAACUUCACAGGAUAGUAUUAUUCAUCCAGACAUACCCGAGCCCAUUAAAGAACGACUCGACCAAAACAACUUGGAAGAAAUUGUCAAAGCAAUGAUUAAACCGGACAGUGGCUUAGAAAUUCGUGAUCGUAUGUGGCUUAAAAUCACAAUACCAAAUGCAUUUAUAGGGGCCGAUGCUGUUAACUGGGUGCUAGAGAAUGUUGAAGAUGUCCAAGAUAGGCGUGAAGCCCGUCGCAUAGUAUCGGCUAUGUUGAGGAAUAAUUACAUAAAACAUACAGUAAACAAGCUGACAUUUUCCGAGCAAUGCUACUAUGUCGUCAACGAUGACAGAAAUCCACUGCAGUGCCGUUCGAAUUUAAGCCAUGCCGACACGGAAAGUAUUACCAGUGAUAUAGGCCCCCUGCCAAAUCCUCCAAUUUAUAUGCCAUACUCAGCCACAUACAACCCCAGCCACGGCUACCAGCCCAUACAAUAUGGGCUAACUGAGCGCCAUGGCCUCUCGUCUGGAUCUAGCAGUUCGGAUGUUCUCACCAGCAAAGACAUUUCUGCCUCUCAGAGUGACAUAACAUCAGUAAUACACCAAACAAACCAAAUGACCAUCGGCCAUCACGGUUCGAAUAAAUCGUCAGGUUCAUCUAAUCGGGGUGGUGGCAACCUCAACAACGAACAGGACUCCUCGGUCUUCAAUUAUGUCUUGUAGGACGAGGAGGACUUCCUCUCGGCCAGAAGGCGCAGAAGAGGACGAAACAUAAGGCAGGAACUGCAAUGAAAUUAUGUUUAUUAUUCG